AUGGAGGCCCCCCUGCAGCAGAUGAAGGCCGCCGUGCAUCGCUGCAUAAACACGCAUACAGACGAGCUGCACACUUUGAGUCGGGACAUUUGGAAACGUCCUGAACUCGCCGGACAGGAGAAAUACGCGCACGACACACUGGUGCGCUUCUUCUCUCAGGACCAGACAUGGAGGGUGGAGGCUCACUACACACUACCGACCGCCUUCAGGGCCGUGUGGGGUCCGGAGGUGGAGGUGGAGGUGGAGGGAGGUGGAGAGCCGGUGCUGAAUGUGGGGUUCCUGUGCGAGUACGACGCGCUCCCGAUUAUCGGGCACGCCUGCGGGCACAACCUGGUCGCAGAGGUCGGAGCUGCGGCGGCUCUGGGGCUGAAAGCUGCUUUAGAGACGCAGACUGAGACCACAGACUGAAGGUAACCAGUGAAGAUAACAGUUCUGGGAACUCCUGCAGAGGAAGAUAUAGGAGGAAAGAUUGACUUGAUCAAUGCAGGAGCCUUCGCUGACGUCGACCUCGUCUUCAUGGCUCACCCAGCUCAGCAGGAUGUGUCAUUCCUGCCCUGUGUCGCACUCGAUGGGGUGUCAGUGAAGUACCACGGGAAGGCAUCCCAUGCCUCUGCGUACCCCUGGGAGGGAGUGAAUGCCCUGGAUGCUGCUGUUCUGGCCUACAGCAAUCUCUCUGCACUCAGACAGCAACUCAAGCCAGAGUGGAGGCUUCACGGCAUCAUCAAACAUGGAGGGGAGAAGCCCAACAUUAUCCCUGCCUACACUGAGUUAGAGUUUUAUCUGCGCUCGCCGCAGGUUAAGGAUCUUUGUGACCUGAAGGCCAAAGCGGAGGCUUGCUUCAGGGCAGCUGCUGUUGCCACCGGCUGCCAAGUGGAGAUAACCUACCCAAGCCAUUGCUAUUAUAACAUUCUGCCUAAUGCCACACUGGCAAACCUGUAUGAAAUAAAUGGAAAAGCUUUGGGGAUUCAGUUUCAAGAGCAGUCAGCCACCUUCUCUGGUUCCACAGACUUUGGCAACGUAUCAUUCAUAGUCCCCGGUAUCCAUCCUUUCUUCUACAUCUGCACCGACGCGUUUAACCACACGGAGGAAUACACCGAAGCAGCAGGAGCUGAAAAGGCCCAGUUGUUCACCCUGAGGACAGCUACAGCCCUGGCUAUGACAGCUGUGGAUGUAGUGUGCUGCCCCGAUCUGCUGAGGCAAGUGAGGGAGGACUUCAGCCUGGCCAAACUGAAACAGGAGAAACGACUAAAAGGCAGCGAUAAAGCUCUGACAGCUCCAUAA